AUGGAUGAGAAAAUUGAAGGUUUUAUCCAAUUUCGAAGUCCUGAAUUCAUGGUCGGUUCGUCAAACGCGAUUAUGCUGAAAUUGACCGCUACCUUACACUGCUUCUGCAGAAUGCCAAUUUACAAUAUUAUCAUUAGUUGGAAGUCGGAAAAUGAUACUCAUCGUUCGCAUCGAGAAAAUUUCUUACGUCAGAUUAGUGAAUUGAUGCACCAAUACGUCCGUUUUCACAAACUAUCACGGGCCACGCUAUUUGGUAGCAAGCCAAAUGAAGCAAAGGUCUUUUGCUACAAUGCCAACGAAAGUUAUAUGGAAUUGAUUUCAAACUUUUCUAAUAUUCCCAAGCAUUUAUGUGAGAAAUGGCCCGAUAUCCUUCUCCCUUCAGUUAAGAUUCGAAUAAUCAAAUCUUUUUGGGACUUCCAUGUCAUAGAAAUUGUCGAUUGUAAAUAUCCAAAUAAGCGGGCUAUUUUGUCACCCUUCUUGCCUACUCUUUCUCCCGAAACAGAGCUCACAUUUUAUGGUGUCUGGAUAUUAAAUGGGUGUUUUCUUCAUCUCAGUAUUUUCUCUUCUUGGAAGCAUGAAUGUAGCGUGUCCCAUACUUUCCCGUCCAGCAUUAAUCUUGAUUCUACUUCCGUUUCCAAUGCCCUUCUACGUCUUUCUUUCCUGAACCGUUUGUUGAACCUUUCCGAUGAUUCUCUUGACGCCGAUUCUCUCAAAGAAGCUGAUUCGAUAACAAAGUCAGCUUUAGUUGAUUUAGUUGAUCCGGAAUCGAAUUCUCCUCCCUUGUCAAUUCGUUUGGCGGAUGAAUUUAUCCGCGUUCGUGAAUUUGCCCCGUCUUCCUAUUCCAAGUGCAAACUCCUCACAAUUUCUGAUCUCAUGGAAUACCACACUUCCUUUCAGCCGACUAAUGAAUGUAUAAAUGUCAAGUAA